CGGAAGUCGAGUGCGCGCACAUAGGGGUGUGAGGGAGGUGACGUUGACUUCGGACGGCCGACUGUCAAAGCAGCGAAGAAAAGAGCACUGGUUGUGGUUCGUGGGCAAUGUCCGACCUGUGGCACAACCAUAGAAGGGAGCACCUGUUCAAAUUAUACUUGGUUCUGCAGUCCCGAAUAUUCUAGAAGACAUUGGGUUUAAUCAUUUGGAGAAAAUGGGGACACCAGGCGCUGGAAGAAAACGGACACCUAUCAAAGAUAGAUUCUCAGCCGAAGAUGAAGCCCUGAGCCAUAUUGCCAGAGAGGCAGAGGCCAGGCUUGCAGCCAAACGUGCAGCCCGAGCAGAGGCAAGAGAUAUUCGUAUGAAAGAACUGGAGCGGCAGCAGAAGGAGAUUUAUCAUUCAUCUGACAGAAAAUGGGGAGAAAUUCACCAGUGGAUGGAGAAUGCAGAACGUGCUAAGCAUUCUAUUAGGCCUCACCGACAUCACCUGGGAGCCAAUGAUGCCCUGUCUGUUCGAAGUUAUAGCAGCCCAAGGCACUCUUACUUUGAUGUACCUGUGCCUCACAGAAGCACCUCAAGGAGAAAGGAUCUUGUGGUUUGUAAAUCAUUGCCUCAGGAAAAGAACAAGUCAGCUCAACUCAAGAAAACCUCUCGAUCUAGUGGAAUAUCUCAUGACAAAAUGAAGUACAGCAUCUUACCUAGCUCUAACUCCUUCUCUUCCUUUUAUACUCGGGCAUCUUCUAACAUUGGUCUAAUUCGAAGUCAGAGUUUGGCAUCACUAUGUGAUGACAGGCUUCAUAGUCGUCAUUGGAGAUAUAACUCAAGAACUCCAACUGGAAGCAGCGUUUCUUCCCAAACAAGCUCAUUACACAACAGCCCAUGGAAUUCAGAUGAUGAAACGUUAAGCACCGUAUCCCAAGAUAGUUUCAACCGGGAGCGUUAUGACAGUAUGUCAUCUGAUUUUUCUGAUCAGAUUGGAUCAACAGCUGCCUAUUUUAGCCGUUCAAGCCGCCGGGGAAGUGUGGUUUCAGACUCUGAUGAUAUAACUGUCCCAGAUGUUUUUAGUUUGGAUGAGAAGACUGAAUUAUUUUCCCGACCAGCAUCUCGAAAUGCAGUUUCAGGAUUGUCUGCAGCCACACUGUCCUCCCUUGGAGGAGCUUCCUCACGACGAGGCAGUGGGGAGAUGAGUAGCAUUUUGGAUCCAGAUGUUUCACUUAGUGAAAUGCGGGAUAUCUAUGAGCUUAAGGACCAGAUACAAGAUGUAGAGGGGCGAUACAUGCAGGGAUUAAAAGAACUUAAGGAUUCCUUAUCUGAAGUAGAAGAGAAAUAUAAAAAAGCAAUGGUUUCCAAUGCACAACUUGACAAUGAUAAAUCAAAUCUAGUCUAUCAAGUGGACACUCUAAAAGACGUUAUUGAGGAGAUGGAGGAGCAGAUGGCAGAGCUAUAUAGAGAGAAUGAGGAAAAAUCCAAGGAACUGGAACGACAGAAACAUAUGUGUAACGUGUCACAACAUAAAAUAGAAGAAUUAAAAGAAGGUAUUCGGCAAAGAGAUGAGCUGAUAGAGGAAAACAAGUGUCUACAACAGAGGGUGGACACCCUCAUGAGGGAAGUGUUUGAUCUGCAGGAAACUAUCAACUGGAAAGACAAAAAAAUUGGGGCUCUAGAGAGGCAGAAAGACUACUUUGACUGCAUUAGGAAUGAGCGUGAUGAACUCAGAGAUGAAUUGACUGAUCUGAGGGAAAGAACAAAGGUCCUUCUAUGGAAAGUGGAGAGCGAAGGUUCAACACUUUCACAUGAUACUUCACUUAACAUGUUUUUAAAAAAAUUUUGCCCCGCUGUGAAACAAAAGAGUGGAAAAAAGAAACACGGUUUGGUGAUUAUUCCAGAAAGUACACCAAAUGGUGAUGUAAACCAUGAACCUAUUGUUGGUGCAAUUACAGUUGUGUCUCAAGAGGCUGCACAAGUACUUGAAAGUGCUGGCGAUGGGCCACUAGAUGUGCGGCUAAAGAAACUGGCUGAUGAAAAGGAAGAAUUACUUGCACAGAUCAGAAAACUGAAACUGCAGUUGGAAGAGGAACGACAGAAAAACUCUAAGAUUGAGAAUGUGCUCACAGAUUCUGAUCGAUUAGAAAAUGGCACAGACCUACAAAUUCUUGAAAUGCAGAGAGAUGCAAAUCGGCAGUUGAGUGAAUACAAGUUUAAACUUUCUAAAGCUGAACAGGACAUAGCCACUGUGGAACAAAAUGUUGCCAGACUUGAAGGGCAGUUACAUAGGUAUAAAACAGCAUCAGAGAACUCUGAAAAAAUAGAGGAUGAACUUAAAGCAGAAAAAAGAAGGUUACAGCGAGAGUUGCGAUUAGCAUUGGAUAGAAAUGAGGAAAUGGAAAUGACCAAUAGCCACUUGGUGAAGCGAUUAGAGAAAAUGAAAGCCAAUCGAAAUGCACUCCUCUCUCAGCAAUAGAGAUCAAAGAGCUAAUGCACUGCAUCUUAAACUAACAAAACCUCCAGAUGUUCCAACUUAUAGACCUUUUCUAUUGGCCCAGCCACUAUUAAAUCCCGAAACAUGUUUAUCUAUAUGGCUCUGGAUUUAUAAAUGUAGACAAACUUUUGUAAUUUAUGAGAGAACGAAGACAUCACCUAAUGUCUACAUGUUUGAUAAUAGUUAAUUAUGUAACCUUGUAGCUCACUGGGUUAAUUAUACUCUUUGAGUUGGGAUGUGUUCUUGAUAUGACUAAUUAGCAUGUAAAUAUGAAUUGUUAUAGCUUUAGUACAUCAGAAUGAUUUACCUUUCUGCUGCUGAGAAAUGAUAGUGGUUGCUUAAAGACCUUGAAGGACUGUAUGAACAGAACUGAUACAGAAGAAAACUUCACAAGCUCCUUUUGAAAAAUCGGCUACUGUUUAGUGGCCAUAAUAAAUCACCACUACACAUUUCAAGUGCCUUUUCUAUGGUGUAGUGAAGAUUAUCUUGCUUUUGUUACCUAAUCAACAACAUGUAUGGACUGUUCAUUUGGUCUAAAGUAAUAUAAUCUGUCUUUUAAAAACUAAACAUGCAAAUUUCUGGAACAAGUAUUUGCCAAAAGUGACACUUGGUUUUCCAUAAUUAACAUUCUAAAGAAUUAUAUGCAACUUAUUCUCAUAAAUAAAUGGACUAUAGGUAAGUGUUGAAUCAGUUUCAACCACCGUAUUAUGUAUUUCAAAACACAAAAGUGGCAACACUCUACUCCUUACUAUGUUCAUUAAAGUAAAGCAAAUGGAAAAUUAUAUCUUUUGCUCUAUAAAGCUAUUGGACUGCAUCUUCAAAACAUUGCUUAUGUUCCUUGUUUGUAAAUGUUUGGUCUUUUCAAGAAAACAGGCUUGUGAAUGAGGGUUUUGACAUUAAAUGUAAACGUGGACACUUUAUAUGGCAUAACUAAUGAUGUUUUUUAUCAUUGCUGUCUGUGUCUUCAUGAAAUGGGUGCACAUAGGAAGGAGGCUGUAAGGCACUUAAUGACUAAACGUUUGCUUGCUUAACAAUGUUAAGUGGUCAGUGAGAAAGAUACACAAAUGUGUAGAAAUAGCAGAAAUAUUGUAGAAACUUUGUGGGCAAGAUAGAAACCAAUUAAUUGUAAGAGGAAAGUAAAUGGUAGGACCAUGAGGAGCACUGAGGUAGAGAGAGAGAGAUCUUGGGGUGCAAAUCCAUAGUCCCUGAAAAUGACAACAUGCUGAAAGUGACCAAACAAAUAGAUAAGGUGGUACAGGCAGCAUGCCUGCCUUCAUUGAUUCAGCCACGGAAAUAUAUGAGUCAGGUUGCAGCCAUAUGAAAAUGGUUAAGCUGCACUGGGUGCGUUGUGUGCAAUUUUGCUUGCCCCAUUGAAGGAAGGAUAUGGAGGCUUUGGAAAGGAUGCAGAAGAGAUUUAUCACGAUGCUGCCUGGAUUAGAGGGGAUGAGCCAAAAGGCAAGGUUGGACAAACUUCAAGUGUUUUUUAGAGAGGUUUGAAGACUGAAGGUCAAAGGGGAUGUGUGGGGCAAAUGUUUGGUUUUACACAGAGAGGCAGUGAGAUGAUGAUAAUGAGAAGAGGACAUGUUCUGGAUGGUGAGGGUCCUUAUGAUGGAUGCUACAUUUUGAGGCACCAGCUCUUCAAGCUGCCUUCAGCAGUAGAGAACAUGGUGCCUGUGAUGGAACUUGCUGUGUCUAUAACCCCUGGAGCCUUACUUGUGGUGAGUAAGUGUCAGAUUUUAAAAAUGACUGAAGCCUUUUGUGAAAUUCUGCAGAGAUUGAGAUUGUUUAGGUUCUUCAGUACUUGGCAAUGGCCAAUACAAAGAAUUUAGGUUUUAGUGGAGUCGCCAUUGUGGGAAUGGGACAGAGUUGGAGUGAAGAACUGAAGCUUUGCUGAGAAGAGGCAGAGGCACGGUGAGGCUUUGGUUUCUUUAUUUAUGUAGCUACAGUAGCAAGAAUGGAUCCCAGGGUAGUUUUGUGCUCCUAUUGCAAGAAGUGGGAGAUUGCUAUAUCUUCAAUGUGCAUCUUGGUGCAGUUCCUCACAGAGUGUGUGAGGGAACUGGAGCUCAAGCUGGAUGACCAACGGAUCAUUCUGGGGAAUGAGUUCAUAGAUGGAUGCAAAAGGAAGGCAGUGACAUCUACGUUGCAGGAGUUGGGUAGCUGGGUGACUCAGCAGAAGGAUAAGCGGAUGGUGCAGAGUACCCCUGUAGCUGUUCCCCUAAAUAAUAAGUACUGUAUACGGUUGGGAUAGAAUCAUAGAAAAGUACAGCAUAGAAAUAGGCCCUUCAGCCUAUCUAGUCCAUGCUGAACUAUUUAAACUACCUAAUCCCAUUGACCUGCACCAGUACCAUAGCCCUCCAUACCUCUACCAUCAAUGUACUUAUCCAAACUUCUCUUGAAUGUUGAAAUCGAGCUUGCAUGCACUACCUGUGCUGGAAGUUCAUCCUACACACUCACAACCCUAAGACUGAAGAAGUUUUCCCUCAUGUUCCCCUUAAACUUUUCACCUUUCACCCUUAAUACAUGACCUCUGGUUGUAGUACCCCCUCCAACCUCAGUGGAAAAAAGCCUGUUUGCAUUUACCCUAUUUAUACCCUUCAUAAUUUUGUAUACCUCUAUCAAAUCCCCUCUCAAUCUUCUACAUUUACAAGGAAUAAAGUCCUAACCUUUUCAAUCUAUCGUUAUAGCUCAGGUCUUCCUGACCCGGCAACAUCCAAAAGCUUUCUUUAUGACCCUAUUUACCUGUGACACUACGUUAAAUGAACUAUGGACCUGUAUUCCCAGAUCCCUUGUUCUACUACACACCUAAGUGGUCUACCAUUCACUGGUUGGUCCUAUCAAAGAGCAAAACCUCGCACUUGUUUGCCUUAAAUUCCAUCUGCCAUUUUUCAGCCUAUUUUUCUAGUUGGUUCAAACCACUGCAAGCCAUGAUAGCCUUCCUCACUGUCCACUACACCCCCAAUAUUGGCAUCAUCCGCAAAUCUGCUGAUCCAGUUAACAAUAUUAUCAUCCAGAUUGUUGAUAUAGAUGACAAACAACAGACCCAGCACUGAUUCCAGCUGCACUCCACUAGUCACAGGUCUCAAGUCAGAGAGGAAACCAACUAUUGCCACUCUGAAUUUUCCCACAAAGCUAAUGUCUAAUCCAAUUUACUACCUCAUCUCGAAUGCCAAGCUAAUGAGCCUUCUUGACCAACCUUCCAUGUGGGACCUUGUCAAAUGCCCUGCCAAAGUCCAUGUAGACAACAUCCACUACCUUGCCUUCAUCAGCUUUCCUGGUAAUUUCCUCAAAAAGCUAUAAUAUUGAUUAAACAUGAUGUACCACCAACACAGCCAUGCUGACUAUCCUUAAUUAGUGUACAUCUAUCCAAAUACUUAUAUAUUAGUCCUUUAGAAUAAUACUUUCCAAUAACUUUCCCACCACUGAUGUCAGGUUCACCAGUUCUAUAAUUUCCUGGUUUAUUUUGGUGCCUUUCUUAAACAGUGGAACAACAUUGGCUAUUCUCUAAUCCUCUGGUACCUCACCUGUGCUAAUGAUGACUUAAUUUCUGCACUUGCCUCUUGCAGGUUCCGAAGGAACAACUCGUCAGGCACUGGGAAUUUAUCCAUUGUAAUUUGCCACCUCCUGUAAUCUGUACAGUAUACGGUUCAUGAGGAUGAUGCCAAUUUGCCUCAUUUCUAUAGACGCUAUAUCUGUCUCCUGAAUGAAUAAAUGCAAAAGAACAAUCAUUUAAGACCCCCUCCCCAUCUCACUUGUCUCUAUACAUGGAUUACCAUUCUGAUCUUCCAGAGGACCAAUUUUGCUCCUUGCAAUCCUUUUGCUCUUAAAAUAUCUGUAGAAUCUCAUGCAACCUCAUGCCUUCUUUCCUGGUUUCUUGCAUUUCUUAUACUCCAUAAGCAACUCGUUUGUUCCUACCUGCCUAUACCUGCUAUGCACUUGCUUUUUUUUUAACUAACCAGGGCCUCAAUAUCUCUUGAAAACCAAGGUUCCUCACACUUAUUGUCUUUACCUUUUAUUCUGACAGGUACAUACAAGCUUUGUAAAGGCAUUAUGAUCACUAAGUGCAAAGUGUUCCCCUACAUAAACUUCUGUCACCUGCCCUGUCUCAUUUCCCUAAUAUGUGAUAAUAGAGGAUCAGGUAUCACAUGCUGUCUUGUUGGGACUUCUACGUGUUGAUUAAGGAAACCUUCCUGAACACAUUUGACAAACUCUAUCCCAUCUAGUCUUUUUACAGUAUGGGAGUCCCAGUCAAUAUGUGGAAAGUUAACAUCAACUGCUACAACAACUUUACGUUUCUUGUAACAAUCUGCAAUCUCUCUGUAAAUUUGUUCCUCUAAAUCCCUCAGAUUAUUGUGCCUAAUAUAGCCUCAUUAAUGUGGUCAUAUCUUUCUUACUUCUCAGUUCCACCCUUAUCGCCUCACUAAAUGAGUUCUCAAGUCUAUCCUGACUGAGCAACACCAUGACAUUUUCCUUGACUAGUAACACCACCCCUCCUCCUUUAAUCCCUCCUGCUGUGUCGCAUCUAGAACAACAGAACCCUGGAAUAUUGAACUGCCAGUCCUGCCCCUCCUGCAACCAAGUCUCACUAAUGGCUACAGUAUCAUAAUUCUAGGUGUUGAACCAUGCCUGAUCUCAUCUGCCUUUCCUGUGAUACUCUUUUUAUUGAAAUACAUGCAGCUCAGGACAUUGGUUCCAACAUUAUCAACCUUUUGAUGGCAAAACACACAGAUUCCUGAUGAAGGGUCUCGGUUCAAAAUGUCGACUGUUCAUUCAUUUCCAUUGGUGCUUCCAGACCUGCUGAGUUCCCCCAGCAUUUUGUGUGUUUUGCCUUGGAUUUCCAAUAUCUGCAGAUUUCUUCAUGUUUGUCAACCUUUUGAUUCCUGAUUUUGGCUGAGGUCUUAACAACAUCUGUGUCAGCAACCUCUCCACUAUCUGUCUGGGCACUCUGGUUCCCAUCCCCCUGCAACUUUAGUUCAAACCCUACCAUGCAGCAUUGGCAAACCUCCCCUUCCAGUUCAGGUGCAAACCGUCUCUUCUGUAUAGGUCCCACCUUCCAUAAGACCAUAAGUUGUAGGAGCAGAAUUAGCCAUUUGGUCUAUUGAGUCUACUCUGCCAUUUCAUCACAGCUGAUCCAUUUUCCAUCUCAGCCCCAAUCCCUGUACCCUUUUAUUCCUUGUCCAAUCAAGAGUCUUAUCAACCUGGUGAAGGAAAUUCCUCUUACUCUCUGUUCUCUAUUUUGAGCCCAUGUCCUCCGGUCUUAGACUCCCCCACCAAUCCCCCCAUUCUCUCCACAUCUACUCUAUCGAGGCCUUUCGACAUUCCAUAGGGUUUCAAUGAGGUCACCCCUCAUUCUUCUGAAUUCCAGUGAGUAGAGACCCAGAGUCACCAAAUGCUUCUCAAAUGAAAGUUUUUCAAUCCCGGAAUCAUUUUCGUGUACUUCCUUUGAACCUUCUCCAAUGUCCCUGGAAGAGAGCCCAAUGAUCCAAUAAUCUUAUGCACUCCCUUCUCCACCAACUCCUCAGCCAUGUGUUAAACUAUAUAAUCUUCCCAUUUCUAGCCUCGCUAGCAUGUGGCAUGGGUAGCAAUCCUGACAAUGCUGCAGGUCCUGCUCCUUAACCUAGCACCUAGCUACUUGAACUCAUUUUACAGAAUCUUGUCUCUCUUCCUACCUAUAUCUUUGGACCACAACCCCUGGCUGUCCACCCUCCUACUUAAGAAUGUUGAGGACUGGAUCUGAGAUGUCCCAGACCCUUGUAUCUGUUAGGCAACAUACCAUCCAAGAAACGUAGAAACAUAGAAAACCUACAGCACAAUACAGGCCCUUCGGCCCACAAAGCUGUGCUGAACAUGUCCCUACCUUAGAACUACCUAGGCUUUACCCAUAGCCCUCUACUUUUCUAAGCUCCAUGUAGCCAUCCAGGAGUCUCUUAAAAGACCCUAUCAUUUCUUCCUCCACCACCGCUGCCGGCAGCCCAUUCCACGCACUCACCACUCUGUAAAAAUACUUACCCCUGACAUCUCCUCUGUACCUACUUCCAAGCACCUGAAAACUAUGCCCUCUCGUGCUAGCCAUUUCAGCCCUGGGGAAAAGACUCUGACUAUCCACACGAUCAAUGCCUCUCAUUAUCUUGUACAACUCUAUCAGGUCACCUCUCAUCCUCUGAGGCUCCAAGGAGAAAAGGCCAAGUUCACUCAACCUAUUCUCAUAAGGCAUGCUCCCCAAUCCAGGCAACAUCCUCGUAAAUCUCCUCUGCACCCUUUCUAUGGUUUCUAUGUCCUUCCUGUAGUGAAGCGACCAGAAUUGAGCACAGUACUCCAAGUGGGGUCUGACCAGGGUCCUAUAUAGCUGCAACAUUACCCCUCUGCUCUUAAACUCAAUCCCACAAUUGAUGAAGGCCAAUGUACUGUAUGCCUUCUUAACCACAGAGUUAACCUAUGUAGCAGCUUUGAGUGUCCUGUGGACUUGGACCCCAAGAUCCCUCUGCUCCUCCACACUACCAAGAGUCUUACUAUUAAUUCUAUAUUCUGUGAUCACAUUUGACCUACCAAAAUGAACCACCUCACACUUAUCUGGGUUGAAUUCCAUCUGCCACUUCUCAGCCCAGUUUUGCAUCCUAUCAAUGUCCCGCUGUAACCCUUCACAGCUUCCACACUACCCACACCUCCAACCUUUGUGUCAUCAGCAAAUUUACUAACCCAUCCCUCUACUUCCUCAUCUAGGUCAUGUAUGAAAAUCACAAAUCUCAUCCUCGUCCACAGAACCUCCUUUCUGUUUCUCUAACUUGAAUUCCCCGAUCACCCUAACUUUAAGUUUUAAUUUCCCCUAUCACCACCGCUGAACUCUUUUCACCCCUCCCCCUUCCCUUCCCUUC